UUCCUUCUCCUAGCAGAGAGAGGAAAUACUCUUUCCUUUUCUCUCUCUAAAAAGUUCAUCCCUUUAUAUAUAUAAAUCUAUCUCUAUAUUCACAUUCUGUAUAAUUACACCUUAUUGUAUCAGUUUUGGGUAUUUUUGUUUUUGGGUUGGAGGAUUUGAGAUUUUUGUUUGAAAGAGGUGUUCGAAUUAAUCGGACGGUGGAGAAUUAAUUGAGGUAUGCAGGCUGAUCAGACGGUGAUAAGUUUGAGACCAGGUGGUGGUGGUAACAGAAGCAGAGUGCUUGUGGGCCAUUCAUCUACUAAUUCUGAUCUCCCUUUGCUUCGUCCACAUGGCGGCGGUUCUUCAUCUCUUCCCUAUUUCAAGACUGGAGACUCUCGUUUUGAGGGCCAUGAACGCGUUAGGUAUACUCGAGAUCAGCUGCUGCAACUGAGGGAGGUGGUCGACAUUUCGGAUGAUAUUCUUAGAGUCAAACAAGAAGUUGAAUCUGAUCUGUUUGGUGAAGAUGCCAGUCGAGGUCGUGCAGACACUAAUGUGCAGGUCCAGUCUCAGACUCGUUAUUCUGAGCCAGACAGUCGUGAUUGGCGUAGCAAGUCAUCACAAUUUGCUGCCCCCGUGGAUGACAGAUCAUGGGACGCGCUCCGAGAAAACAGAGAGUUUGGUGGCCGGCAGGAACAACUUAGCUCACAGUUUGCAAGAGCUCAAAUUUCUCCCAACCGAGGGGGAGGACCUGCUCCUACACUAACCAAAGCUGAGCUGCCAUGGUCAGCUCGAAGAGGCAAUCUCUCUGACAAAGAUCGCGUUUUGAAGACUGUGAAGGGUAUACUCAACAAGCUGACUCCAGAGAAGUUUGAUCUCCUCAAAGGUCAAUUGAUAGAUUCAGGGAUAACAAGUGCAGACAUUCUAAAGGGUGUUAUUUCCUUGAUAUUUGACAAGGCUGUAUUGGAACCUACAUUUUGCCCGAUGUAUGCCCAGCUGUGUUCUGAUCUCAAUGAAAAGCUUCCUCCAUUUCCUUCUGAUGAGCCUGGUGGCAAAGAGAUUACAUUCAAGCGUGUUCUAUUGAAUAAUUGUCAGGAGGCAUUUGAAGGUGCUGCCAAUCUGCGAGAAGAGGCGAGGCAAAUGACAGCCCCGGAGCAGGAGUCAGAACGCAAGGACAAAGAAAGGUUGAUAAAAUUGCGGACUCUUGGCAAUAUACGGCUUAUCGGAGAGCUUUUGAAGCAAAAGAUGGUCCCUGAAAAGAUUGUUCAUCACAUCGUUCAGGAACUAUUAGGACAAGAUCCCAAAAGUUGUCCGGAAGAAGAGAAUGUUGAAGCCAUUUGCCAGUUCUUCAACACCAUUGGCAAACAGCUUGAUGAGAACCAAAAGUCAAGGCGCAUCAACGAUGUGUACUUUAACCGGUUGAAGGAACUAUCUACAAACCCUCAGUUGGUUCCACGUUUAAGGUUUAUGGUUCGUGAUGUGCUGGAUUUGCGUUCCAAUAACUGGGUCCCAAGGCGGGAAGAGGUGAAAGCGAAAACCAUCACCGAGAUUCAUACAGAAGCGGAGAAGACCUUGGGGUUGCGUCCUGGUGCCACUGCAAGCAUGAGAAAUUCUCGUGGUCCUCCGAGUCCUCAAGGCAGCUUGAGUCCUGGCGGCUAUCCUAUGAAUCGGCCAGGGACUGGUGGUAUGAUGCCUGGAAUGCCGGGAGCUAGGAAGAUUCCGGGUAUGCCUGGGAUGGAUAAUGACAACUGGGAGGUUCCUAGAUCCCGGUCGAUGCCGAGAGGUAAUGGACCAAUGGUGCAGCCUGGUGGACGUGGUCCGCCACCACUGGUCGGCAAGUCGCCCUCAUUGAACCCAAGGCUUCUGCCUCAGGGUAGUGGUGGCUUCGUGAGUGGUAGGCCUAGUGCCCUCUUGCAAGGUAGCGGUGCACCUCCUGCUCGCCCAUUGGGCUAUGGUUUUGGCACGGAGCCUGCAUCACAGGUUCCUGGACCAGUUAGACCUACAGCAACUGUUUCUCCAGUUGCCGAAAAGGCACCCCAGGCUCCUGCGGCAAGGUCGAAUCCUGAUGAACUAAAGAGAAAAACAGUAUCUCUUCUGGAGGAAUAUUUUAGUGUUCGGCUUCUUGAUGAAGCUUUGCAGUGUGUUGAGGAACUCAAAUCCCCAGCCUACCAUCCUGAGGUUGUCAAAGAAGCCAUAUCAAUUGGUCUAGACAAAAGCCCGCCACGUGUUGAACCAGUUUCACAGCUUCUUGAAUAUUUGUUUGUUAAGAAGGUUUUUACCGCUGGGGACUUGGGCACCGGAUUGUUAAACUUUGCCUCUCUGCUGGAUGACCUUGCCAUGGAUUUACCAAAAGCACCGGCCAAUUUUGGGGAGAUAAUUGCUAGACUAGUUUUGGCGGGAGCAUUGGACUUCAAGGUGGUCAAUGAGAUCCUGAAGAAGGUAACCGAUGAUCUCUACCAGAAAGAUGUAUUUACAGCUACAAUGGGAGCUAUUAGCUCUAGUCCUACAGGCCAAGCCGUGUUGGAUUCACAAGCACCUGAUGUUGAGGCGUGCAAAACACUUUUCCAAUAAAAGCUCAACUCUUCAUGAAGAGCGAUUUUCUGUAACCUCAGUAGAUGGAAUGUACUCAAACUCACUUUUCAGCCUUUCUUGUUUAUGCCCGGAGUAGAGCCAACUGAAUCGCUGUUUAUCGUUGGAGUUGGUGCAGUCAAGACCAGGUUGAUGUCAAGUGAGUUGUAUAUUUUUCCAAGGUGAAAGUAGUGUGUUCAAAGAAAGAUUUUGCCUUUUGAGAUUGGUUGACUAAAUUCCAUAAUUGCUCUAGGCAAAGAAAGCCCUCAUUUUGUAUUCCAUUAGUUAUUUAUUUAUUUUUCCCUUUUGACUAGUUAAAUUUUAAGUUUUGUCAAACUUGUGAGUUCAUACUGCAAUCUGCAACUGCCUAAGCCUUUAUAUACCAUUUUUGAAGGAAGAUUUGAAAUCAUAA